AUGACUGUGACAUCAAAGAUUUUCUGCCUAUUGGCUCCAUUCUCUGCUGGCCUUGCCCUGGAACCCUCCCUUGUGUCACGUCGAGGAAUGAUGAUCAAGACUGGUGCUGCCGGUAUGGCAACUAUCUUUGGACAAACACAAGCAGCCUGGGGAGCCGCUGCCGUACAAGAUUCAAUGGACGUGGAUUCAUUCCUUCGCAGCGGGCAAGAUAUUGGGGGUAACAUGGGAGUAUCCUCACAAGCUGGAAAAAGCCGACCUGAAACUGGAGUUUUCUUGCGAGACGGAAGUGAGGUUUCGAGAGAUCCAAGAAGUGGAAAUGUGUUGGCUGAAAUCAUCUUGCAAAAGAAUGAUGGUGGCAAAAUGGCGGCUCUUGCUAGCUAUUCAUCUCCAUGGCCAUUAGCAACUGGUUCCUUUUUUGACGUCGAAUGCCGGGAUGGAAGGAAUGGAGAUGGAGCCUUCCUUGCCGUUACUCAAUCGGUAGGCGGUAAAUCUAUUGCAGAUGUUCCUGAUUCUUUCUUGUUGGACAAUCUACUAGCGCCCACUGGACGAUUUUCAUUCUAUGGACAACCUACUGAUGUAAAGGUCAAGAAGAGCGUCACCAAGGGAGAUUAUCGUCUCAUCGAUUUGUCGUUCGCUACCUUGUCACAAUCUACACAAACAGAAAUCCCUCGCAAGGCUCGCUUGGUAGCCACCAUUCCUGCGGGAUCAAGUCAAGCUGUCAUGAUGAUAGGCAGCGCUAGCACUACUAGAUGGAAUAAAGGAUCGGACAAGGAAAUUUUCCAAACAGCGGAUUCCUUUCGAGCUAUUCCAGCGCCCGAGAGUUCCAUGAAGCUGAGAAAAAAGGAUCGCGGUGGCCAAGCAUUGUUCCUGGACUAA